AUUAAGAGAACAUAUCAGUUCAUAAUGUUUCUCAUCAUGUUGACUGGAAUAGUUAGUUUUAAUUGUGGACUCGAAGAAAAGAGUGUUCUUAUGUCAAACCACUCUUAUACUGUUCGUAAACAGACACACUGCCUCACUGAGACUGCUUCUCUUCCGAGAAUGAGUGUAGUAACCCCUCCCUCCUCUUCCUGCUUGCCAACACAGUCCGUCCCAUUCAGUCCAGAUAUUCCCUACUUCCUGCCUCUCUCACAGAUCUACCAGUGUACAGAUGAGUGAAACCAGCAUGUUGUAAAGUAAAGCCCCAUUUACUGUAGAUCAGCAAGCUAGCGUGAAGAAAGGGAACUUAGAUUUUGGUUUGGAUCAGUUCCCAGUUUUAGUCCUGAAUGAGAAAGUGAAACUAUUUCACAUUCAUUGUCUCUUCGAAGUGAAAUGGCGCAGCAGCAAAACCUCAUGGAUCAGAAAAAACUCUGCUGUUCGAUCUGUCUGGAUCUACUGAACAUUCCAGUGACCAUUCCCUGUGGACACAGCUACUGUAUGAGCUGUAUUCAAAGUCACUGGGAUGAAGAGGAUCAGAAGGAAUCUUCCAGCUGUCCUCAGUGCAGACAGACCUUUGGAUCGAGGCCUGUCCUGGUGAAAAACACCAUGUUGGCAGACUUAGUGGAGGAAGUGAAAAAGACUGGACUCCAACCGGCUCCACCUGAUCACUGCUAUGCUGGACCUGAAGAUGUGGGAUGUGAUGUCUGCACUGGGAGAAAGCGGAAAGCUGUCAAGUCCUGUCUGCAGUGUCUGGUCUCUUACUGUGAGCAACACCUCCAGCCUCACUAUGACUCCCCUGCCUUUCAAAAACACAAGCUGGUCGAUCCCUCCAACAAGCUUCAUGAGAACAUCUGUACUCGUCACAAUGAGGUAAUGAAGAUUUUCUGCCGCACUGAUCAAAAGUGUAUCUGUAUUCUCUGCUCCAUGGAUGAACAUAACGACCAUGACACAGUCUUGGCCUUCACAGAACGGACUGAGAGGCAGAAAGAGGUUGGGGUGAGUCGACAAAAGAUCCAGCAGAGAAUCCAGAACAGAGAGAAAGAUGUGAAGCUGCUCCAGGAGGAGGUGGAGGCUGUCAACCGCUUGGCUGAUAAAGCCGUAAAGAAUAGCGAGAAGGUCUUCACUCAGCUGGUCCGUCUUAUCAAGAAUAGAAGCUCUGAUGUGAAGCAGCAGAUCAGAUCCCGGCAGAAGACUGAAGUCAGUCGAGCUAGAGUUGUUCAGGAGAAGCUGCAGCAGGAGCUAGCUGAGCUUAGGAGGAAAGACACUGAGUUGCAGAAGCUCUCACACACAGAGGACCACACAGAGUUUCUACACAACUACCCCUCGCUGGCAUGUCUCAGUAGUCCAGACUCACCCACCAUCAAUAUCUGCCCUCUGCAAUACUUUGAGGAUGUGUCAGCAGUUGUGUCAGAGGCCAGCGCUAAACUACAGCACGUUUUAAGUGAAGCGUGGACCAAGAUCUCAAUGCCUGAUGUGGAUAUUUUACAGUCGCAUGCAGAGCCUAAAACCAGAGCUGAAUUAUUACAGUAUUCAUGUCAAGUCACACUGGAUCCAAACACAGCAAACACACAGUUGUUAUUAACCGAAGAGGACAGAAAAGCAACAGUGAUGGGUAAAAAACAGUCAUAUUGUAAUCAUCAAGACAGAUUUACUGACAUGUUCCAGGUUCUAAGUAGAGUGAGUCUGAGUGGACGCCAUUACUGGGAGGUAGAGAGGAGCACAUAUGAAGCUUCAAUAGCUGUUGCGUACAAGGAGAUCAGCAGAACAGGAAUUGAAAGUGGAUUUGGAAAUGAUGACAAGUCUUGGGCUUUAGAGUGUUUCAACAACAAUUACCAGUUCAGGCACAACUCUAUCAGCACUUUAAUCCCAGGUCCUCGAUCCUCUAAAAUAGGAGUGUACCUGGACCACAGUGCAGGCAUUCUGUCCUUCUACAGCGUCUCUGACACCAUGACUCUCCUCCACAGAGUCCAGACCACAUUCACUCAGCCUCUCUAUCAGGGACUUGGUGUUUUUGGUUCAUCUGGGAACAGAUCUGCUGCUGAGUUCUCUAAGCUUGAGUAGGAAGAAGAAGUUUGAGUCAAUGGCUUUACAGAGAUUUAAGAACAGGUUAAAAAAAAACAAUUUCUUUCCUUCUUUGAAUGCCUGAAUUAUUAUAAUUCAAGUUCAUUUUUGUCAAUGCAGAUGCGGAAGGAAGUUAUUAUAAGUUAAGUCUUUUAUUUUGGUAGUCUAAGAGUAACGUGGCGUCAUAUCCAUUUCAAGCAAAACAAAGCAGAAGCCAAGACGCAACCUCUGAGCCUGAACAGUGAAGCCUGCAUUCUGUCUAAUGGCCAGCAGGGGGCAACUCCACUAAUUGCAAAAAGAAGUCUGACUUGAUCCAGUUGGACUAAAAGACCCUCUAAAUAGCUGUUUAUUUAAAAGAACAAUUGUUUCUGAGGGGCUAAGUGAAUCAAUUUGACUAAGAGUUUACCUAUUUUGAAUUUAAAAAAUAGUAAUAGAAAAUCUAUAUGUUGCAGUCUAGUUGAUAUAGUGGCAUCAACAAUUAAAUUACAUGGGAAACACUGCCACUAGCUACAUAACUACAUACAUUGUAUUCAUUCCGUUGUACACUUUUAUUUUCCACUUUUUUUUGGCAGUUUACAAAUGAUGCUGCUGAAAUAUGACUGAUUGACGUGACUUUUACUUUACUUUUUUUUAAUGAAAUAUGCCUCAUAUACAGGCUCGAAAGGUGUGUGAUUCAAAUUUAAAAAUGUUAAAUGUUUAAAAAAAAGUUAUAAAAAAAACCUUAAAAAUCUUAUCAACAGAAAAGCAUAUUGUCCCAGUCCUAAUUUUUUAUGGUCUGGGCUCAUGAUACUUCAUGUUUCUGCAGCUGCUCUUCUUCCUUGAGGAGGUCAAAAUAUGUUGUUCAAAAUCAGUGGUGGAAUGUAAGUACAUUUACUCAAGUACUGUACUUAAGUACUUUUUGAGGUACUUGUUCUUUACUUGAGUAUUUCCAUUUUAUGUAACUUUUUACUUCUACUCCACUACAUUUUGAAGCAAAUAUUGUACUUUUUAUUCCUCUACAUUCAGCUGACAGCUUUAGUUACUUUUCAGGUCAAGAUUUAACAUAAAAAAACAUGUGAUCGAUACAAAAUGAUUAUGCAUUUUUAUUAAUUAAACCACGUAACACCAUAUUAAGUAGUUAAAAUGAACCUUACCGGGACAACAGGAAAAUGCUGUUCACAAAAAUGCAUCAUUUCAAAUAAUCCAAUAGUAUAUCUGGGAAUAUAUAUAACAAGCUGAGUGGGGCCAAUUUGCAUAACAACUACUUUUACUUUUGUACUUUUACUUCAGUAAGUUUUAAAUGCAGGACUUUUUCUUGUAGUGGAGUCAUUUCAGUGUGGUAUUAGUACUUUUACUCAAGUUGGAGAUCAGCUGUCUUUUUCUGCCACGUUUGCUUAUGAAAUGUAACAUGAGCAUUUUUUACACAAUGUACUGCAAGUACAUUGUGAUCAUGAAGGAAAAGAUCACCAGUUGGUUUAUAGUUGCAUUUGCAGUCAGACACAAUAUUAGUACAGUGAUUUAUUCCAAUAAUUCCAGAAACUCAGUAUUCUCCAAUCAAUUAAGCUUCAGAGGUUCUUCACACUUAUUUGAUUACACUUAUGAGCACUUAUUGUUGCACUAUUAUUAUUUUUUUAAUAUAUGUGACUUUUGCUGUUGCACAGUUAUUAUCAUUGCACCUUUAUUUUAUGGGAACAACUGCACUUUCACUUUUGACUGAAGUAACAUUUUUGUUAUUUUUAUUUUUACAUUACCCUGAUUUAUGAUCAUUGAGUAUGAUGAUGAAAGUACUUUGCAAAUGAGCAUAUAUAUAUAUAUAAUCUAUAAUGUAACUGACAUUUAUCUGUGUAUUUCUUGUUUAUAUCCUGCAUGUCUGUAUUUCUCUAGUUGUUCAUAAAGAUUUGAAAUAAAA